UAUUUGAAUUCUGAUAUUUGAGCAGGUUACUAGUGUUUUAGCUCAAGGCAAAUUUGAAAAUUAGAAAACAAAUAUGAAUUCAUGGCUGCGCGAUUCUCUCAGCGACAUGUUGCGCACCAAUCGCCACGCAGACUGCAGAUUCAUUAUUGAGACUUCGGCAGGAAACAAGGUUUUUGCGUGUCACAAAUUGAUCUUGAGCUGUGCCUCGGAGGUGUUUGAUCGCAUGCUCUUUGGCAGCUACAAUGAGUCCACUAGCGGAGAUGUGAAGCUGAACGAUGUCGAGCCAAAGGUGUUCGAGAAGUUUCGCGAAUACGUGUACAGCUACGAUGUGGAAAGGCUUCAAUUAUACGACUUCGACACACUUGUGAAACUGGCCGAGUUCGGCAACAAGUACCUGGUGGAGUCCAUCAAGGACGACUGUGUGCGACAGCUCCUAUACCGAAAGGACAUGUUCGACGCAGAUGAGCUGCUACGCCUCUUUCAGUGCGCGCACACACUGAACAGCGCCACACUGAUUGACCAGAUCUCCCGCGACCUGAAGAACCACGCAAAGAGGGUGCUCAACCACUCUGCCAUAUACCAGUUCGGCACGGAUGUGUUCAAGUUCUAUAUUGAGGUUGUCGAGGGCAGACUCAGCGAGGCAGAGCGCUUUAACUUAAUUGAAAUGUACAUCAAGUUCCACGAACUGGACGCGUUUAACGGAGAGCCUGGCGUCACAGAUACUGAAACUGAUGAUGACAAGAAAGCUACUAAUACCAGCCAGGUUGCUAAUACAGCAGUCGAAGCAGAGGGCAAAGUUAACGCGGACUAUAUUAGUGAUUUACUGGGACUAAUCGACUUUUGCAAAUUCACGCCUAAAGACUUCUACGAGGGACCUGGCAAAUCAAGUUUACUUACUAUGCAGCAAAAGUAUGAGCAUCUCUAUAAGAUUGCCAGGGCCUGUGCACAUGUCGCGGCCCAGGAGGAACUAGAGACCAAGCUAGGCAAUUGCUUCCUCUCCUCUAGCUGUCAUCCAGAUCACGAGGUACAGCGACAAUAUAUGAAUCGCCCAUAUGGUGCUAAUUCAAGUCGCCGAGCCGACUUAUCAAAACCUGACAUGUCGUUUGACUAACUUUUAUAAUUCCAAUAUCAGAGUAGUAGUAGUACUAGUAAUAGAGCUUCACAAACUGCUCUCAUAUUAGUCAAUAUAUUAGGUGGACUUCUGCCUUUAUUAUCCGUGGAUAACCACUUUCUUCAGUCAUAUAGUCUUCACUAAUUUGUAAAAUUUUUAGUAUAUCUUCUAUUCGCUUCUUUUUCCUACCACUUUCUUCUCUCUUUAUUCUCUCUACUAU